AUGAACUGUAGCCAACCAUCUUCAUCAAAAGAAAAUGUAUACGAUUAUAAGGCCAUGGAUAUCAUGCAUGAACUGAAUAUUAGUCUAUCCGUCUUUACAAACAGGAUCCUGGUUAUCACAAAUACUGCCUCAUUUUCUGGUCUAACGACACCUCAUUAUCUGGGAUUAAAUGCACUCAAAAGCAAAUUUGACGGCCAGCCAUUUGAAAUUUUGGCAUUUCCUUGCAACAAUUUUGAACUUCAGGAACCUGCAGAUACAGGGUUGGAAAUAUUAAAUUCACUCCGGUAUGUUCGUCCAGGAAGUGGAUACAUUCCAAACUUCGUAAUGAUGGGGAAAGUCAACGUUAACGGAGCAAACGAACAUCCUCUGUUCACUUACCUGAAGAAGAAUUGCCCUCCUGUUACAGAUAGGUUUGAAGACAAUCUGUUUUACUCACCUUUGAAAAACGGAGAUAUUCGAUGGAAUUUUGAAAUGUUUAUCAUUGACAAAAAUGGGAAGGCCGUUUUACGAUACAGCUCAGACAUUCAGCCACUGACUUUAGUUGACACUAUACAAAAAUAUGUUAAUACAUAAAUCAAGGAGGACAAAAAUGAUUGUUUCGUAUAUACGAUAACUUUGUUUACCACAAUGAU